AUGUGGAACUUGGAUGAUGAAAGUGUGGUCCCAGUCAUAGAGUACUCCCACCCACCAACCACAGACCCGCCUAGAGCAGGUGUGGGUGGACCAGUCAUAGAGUACUCCCACCCACCAACCACAGACCCGCCUAGGGCAGGUGUGGGUGGACCAGUCAUAGAGUACUCCCACCCACCCACCACAGACCCGCCUAGGGCAGGUGUGGGUGGACCAGUCAUAGAGUACUCCCACCCACCCACCACAGACCCGCUUAGGGCAGGUGUGGGGGGACCAGUCAUAGAGUACUCCCACCCACCAACCACAGACCCGCCUAGGGCAGGUGUGGGUGGACCAGUCAUAGAGUACUCCCACCCACCCACCACAGACCCGCUUAGGGCAGGUGUGGGUGGACCAGUCAUAGAGUACUCCCACCCACCCACCACAGACCCGCUUAGGGCAGGUGUGGGGGGACCAGUCAUAGAGUACUCCCACCCACCCACCACAGACCCGCCUAGGGCAGGUGUGGGUGGACCAGUCAUAGAGUACUCCCACCCACCCACCACAGACCCGCUUAGGGCAGGUGUGGGGGGACCAGUCAUAGAGUACUCCCACCCACCCACCACAGACCCGCUUAGGGCAGGUGUGGGGGGACCAGUCAUAGAGUACUCCCACCCACCCACCACAGACCCGCCUAGGGCAGGUGUGGGGGGACCAGUCAUAGAGUACUCCCACCCACCCACCACAGACCCGCCUAGGGCAGGUGUGGGUGGACCAGUCAUAGAGUACUCCCACCCACCCACCACAGACCCGCCUAGGGCAGGUGUGGGGGGACCAAUACAUUGUGAACAUCACCCUGGUAGGACACUAGUCAAGACAAGGCCUCCAUGUCAUCAUUAA